CAGUGACAUGGUGGAGGCGGAGCGCCGCGGGAUCCCCAUUGUGACCUCCCCCUACCAGAUCCACUUCACCAAGACGUCCAAGUUCUUCAAACCAGGCAUGCCCUUUGACCUCACGGUGUUUGUCACGAAUCCGGACGGCUCCCCAGCUCGCAACAUCCCUGUGGAGACCCGAGACUCCAAUGCACGCUCCUUGACCCAGGCCGAUGGCGUGGCCAAGCUGAUCAUCAACACACCCAACAAACCAGAGUCCCUGCCCAUCUAUGUGAGUCCUCCCCUCUCUAGCCCCACGCCCGUGAGGUAGGGGACCGUA